AUGAAAUGCAAUCUAGAUUUGAGAUAUAUCGAACGCGCAAUGGGAUACGUCAAAGAGGAGCAUCCAUUGUGGUACCUUCCGCACCAUCCCGUCCUGAACGACAAGAAACCUCAGAAGAUCCGGGUUGUUUUCAAUUGCGCUGCCAAGUGUGCCGAGAUUGCCCUAAAUGACCGUCUACUACAAGGCCCAGAUUUGACGACCCCGCUGUUUGAGGUGCUGUGCUGA